AUGCUGAUGUCUUUGCAAGAGGCGGAACAACAAGGAGGAAAUAUAAUAAUUUUAUAUCCUGUAGAAUACAUUCAUGAUAUCAACGUUGACAUCUUUCUGUCUACAAAUUUUCUAAUUGAUUUAGAAUAUUCCCACAAUCCCAAAUUGAAAAAGAAUGAAUGUAUCAACAUCAAUGCAAUUUUAGGAGAGCUUCGUCAAAACAUGGAAGGGACAAUUCAGGAAAAUAUUGGAUUUUAUAAUUUAUACGAUAAUCCAUAUGUUGAAGCUUCUAAACAGAAAAUUGAUAUUUUGAUUGGCGAAAAUUUGAAUGAAUUAUUUUUUGGAAAUAUGGAAUAUCUCCCCGAAAAUUCUAUUGAUUUGCCAAAUCGUUUCAACAUUGUCACAAAUGUAAUUUGAAUACCUAUAUCAUUUUUAUCUUGGUAUAUUAUGUAGUUAGUAUCAAUUAGAGUUGGGGCCCAAUCCGCCCUGUCCUAAAGAUCGAGUCGGGGAUUGAAUUUUGGCUCGAAAAUGACUCGGUCGGGCCGGCCCGAUAAACAUGAUGCCCGAAAAAAAUGGCUCGAGCGUCGGCUCGGAUCAAACAUCCCAACACUAGUAUCAGGCUAGUCAUUUCACAUUUGUUAUACCGAUGCUUUUCUGAGCCGCUCCGUGUUGGAUCCGGGUGAAAAAUUAAUUUAUAAUAUUAUUUUGGUAUUUGAGUAAAUUAUGAGAGAUGUUUGAAGAUUUGGUAGAUAUCGAAGGGCUAAUAAGAAUAUCGGUGGAUUGUCGUGGGAUUUGGAUGGAUUAAGUGUAUUUGGGUGGACUCUUAAAUAGUCUUUGCAAUUUUUGAACGAGAUAUAAAAUCCAUAAAAAUUUGGGAUUAAAAUUUUCAAAAGUAUUUUGCGUGAGGUGUAAGUGUAG